AUUUUAUCGCUAUUUUAUACCGUCAUGUUGUCUGAGGAAGAAAAAAGGGCAGUAUGUUUCCAUGAGGAAAAAGCGGUAUGUUCAUACAUUCCUGAACUCCAUCGCACGGAUGGAACAGAGCAGCUUUGCCUUUUGCGGAAUAUAAUCUUCGCUGGCACCGGAGCCCCCUUGCUAAUAAGUCCCUCGUCUCGAAAAAACCCACACAGCAGGCUAAGGGGGAAAACAGAGUUGAGAAAGGAACGAGCCAUGGCGCAGCAGCUGCUGCUCCUCCUACCCGCGCCUUCGGGGACGUUCUCGAAGCCACUCCCUUCCCCUACCCCCUCCCUACCCCGGCGCCAUGCCCCCUCCAUCUCCAUCACACGCCGAUUAGUGGCUGUAGUCGCCGCCGCCCGCCGCGAUCUGCUCCGCUGCGGAAUGCGGCACUCAGAUUUGGUGUCCGAGUUGGAGCUCGCCAAGGACACGAAGCAGCAGGGUGGUCGUGCCAACGCCAUAUUCUGGAUCUUGCUGCUUAAUCUUGGGCUCUACGUUGCAGACCACUUGUUACAGAUCCGGCAGAUAAAGGCACUCUACCUGUACCAUGCAUUCCCUUCUUGGUAUCAGUUUGUGACAUCAACGUUUUGCCAUGCUAACUGGAAUCACCUUUCAAGCAAUCUGUUCUUUGUGUACAUUUUUGGAAAGCUUGUGGAAGAGGAGGAGGGUAACUUCGCACUGUGGAUGUCUUAUAUUUUCACCGGUGCUGGAGCAAACUUGAUUUCAUGGUUAGUUCUCCCUACGUCGUCCGUGUCGCUUGGAGCAUCUGGGGCUGUUUUUGGCCUUUUCACAAUUAGUGUACUAGUAAAGAUGUCCUGGGACUGGAGAAAGAUUCUUGAGGUCCUUAUCCUUGGUCAAUUUGUUGUUGACAAGGUCAUGGAAGCUGCACGUGCAACCACCGUAACAGGCACCGCUCUUCAAGUAAACAACAUUGCCCAUGUCUCGGGUGCUUUAAUUGGUGCUGCAUUAGUAUUUGUGAUCAACAGAAUCCCCUUAUCGUCUAAUGAUGAUAGCCCAAAGGCUUCAAAGGAUAGCAAGGACAAAAGAAGUUAAUUUAAGCUAGAGCCGCCAUGCUAACACACUAUAUCGUUCAUUACAAUUUUUCUUCUUCAAAUGUACGUACUACUCAAUGUGUCCACACUCAUACGUAAUUCUGAUUUCUGUUGGAAAUGAAAUCAUAAAGGACAACAUCCCACACUCA